CUCGCGUAGAAGGGAUGGUGGCGCGGAAAUGGUUCCUGCUCGUGGGCGAGAACGGCAAGGAUCUCACAUCGACGACUUCUGUCGGGGUGGAUGUUGAAGAUGUGGAUACGUUGCGGGAUGCGGUGAAGGAGAAGCUCAGAGACAGCCACCUAGCAGGGAUUGCUGCGUCCGAUCUCACAGUCUUUGCGAACCGGGCGGAGUACGAUGCGAAGCGAAGCGUGCUGCUGCCCCAGUCGUGGUCCCCAGUGACGGCGUAUGGGAAUAAUGGAGAGAAUGCGCUCAUUGUGCAACUGCCGAAGCGCGCAGAAAGCGAUUCACGCUAUUUUAUCCAGCCAAACGUUCAAGAACAAGUCGAAAAGGCAGUAUUUGUGAUCGUGGAAGAAGACGAAGAACGCAACGGUGUUGGAAUGGGUGUGUUUUUCAGCCCGACUCUAGCGGUGACAUGCGACCAUAACCUAACGGAGCAACACACUGUGGGAAGCAUGGUGUCUCUGGCGUUGAAGGAAGGUAUUGAAGCUGUUGAAGUUGUUGCUCGCAGCUCUCUGCUGGACUUUGCGAUUCUGAAAGUCGUCCAAACCCAGAUCAUUCUUCAUUCCUCCAUGGAAUGGAAGACCAGAUGA